AUGCAAAAUGGAGAAACUGCAUAUAGAGAUUGGAUUUUGUAUUCUAAUUCAAAAAAUGCAUUAUUUUGUUUUUAUUGUUUGUUGUUUGGUGGACAUAAAACAUCAUUUGAGGAUCAAAGUAGAGGUUUUAUCAAUUGGAAAAAUUGUUAUAAACAAGUUGGUGAUCAUGAAAAAUCAUCAAGUCAUGUAAAAUCAAUACAAACUUGGCAUUUUAGAAUUUCAAAUAAUGGUCAAAGUAGGAUAGAUAAUAUUGUACAAAAGCAAAUAUCUGAUAGUUUGUCCUACUGGAAGAAUGUUUUAUACAGAAUAGUAGAAACACUUAAGUUUUUAACUUCCAGAAGUUUGGAAAUAAGAGGCUCAAAUGAAACACUUGGAUCUGUGCAUAAUGGUAAUUAUCUUGGUUGCUUAGAACUAAUAGCUAAAUUUGAUCCGUUUAUAAGUCAGCAUUUAAUAAAAUAUGGAAACAAAGGCCGUGGUAAUGUCUCUUAUAUAUCAUCAACUAUUUGUACUGAAUUUAUUAUGGUUAUGGGAGAAGCUGUUAUUAAAGAAAUAGUUAGUCAAAUUCAAUCAAGGAAGUACUUCUCAAUUAUUGUUGACUCGACCCCAGACAUUACUAAAAUUGAUCAACUAACCAUAGCAAUAAGGUAUGUUAUGUCUGACGGAUUUCCAAUUGAACGGUUUAUUGGCUUUCUUCCAUCAGUUGGCCAUAAAGGAGAGGGCUUAGAAAAAGCAAUUAUUAAUAAAUUUUCAGAACUAAAUAUAAAUAUUGAAAACUGCCGUGGCCAAGCCUACGAUAACGCCUCUAAUAUGAGUGGUAUGCAUAACGGACUGCAAUCUAGAAUUAAGCUUUGUGCUCCUACAGCUGAAUUUAUUCCUUGCUCAGCGCAUUCCUUUAAUUUGGUGGGAUCUAAUGCAGCUGAGUCUACUUCUUUUGGUAAUGAUAAACAGACAAUUAAUAUUAAAAAACUGUCUACUACACGUUGGUCUUCUAGAUAUGAUGUAUGUAAGGCUCUUUAUCUCGGGUACAAUCGAAUAAAAAAUGCACUAGAAGAUAUUAUUAAAGACCAAAUUCAAAAACAAGAAACUCACAAUGAAGCUUCUUCAAUAUUAAAUAAACUUGACUCAUUAGAUUUUGCUUUUAUGAUAUGUUUGUGGACGCCUAUUUUGAAACGUUUUAAUGCAACUAGUGUGACUUUACAAUCAACAAAUAUUGAUUUAUCUACUGUAACUAAACUAUAUAAAUCAUAA